GCUAUUUUGACAUUGUCAUGAUCAGAUGAUUCUUUCCGAAAUUUUUAUUUUGUCAUAUGGCAAAAGUGGUAAGAAUCAUAUCAUCGUAUGCACUUGAAUAAAAACCAAUAUUCCAUUGUCUUCUCACUGAAAUUUUUCAAGUUUACAAAGCUGAAAUUAAAUGAAGUAAAAAAAGAAAUUAAUUACCGUGACUGAUUAUUGGAAUAUUAUACUACGUUUGUGAUGCAUGCGCAUGCUUUAUUCAUAGUAUGUACAAAAUGGAUGGGCGGAUUGAUAAUAAAAUAAGAUUGUUACAAAGUCCGUGAAAAUAUUGCUACUACUUAUUUUUAUGGAAAUAAAUAUUGAAGAAUUUUAUACGAAAUAAAUUGAAUCAGCAGCGGUGAAAGCAACAUGUUGCUUUGACGCAAAAAUGUGAUUCGUGAGAACGCAGAGAAUAGUGGCAACAUGAAAAAUUAACGGAUGUCGACUUUCAUUGUUAAAAACAGUAAAAAAGAACGUAUUCGUUUGCUAUAUUCACAUUACAAUUUAAAAACAAUCACGAGUCGCAAAGUUGACAGCAUCGCUUGAUUAAACGAAAAUAAAAAACGUUGAAAUGUCUAUAAAAACGAAAGAAAUAAAGGGGAUAUUAAUACCCAUAGAAGAACAGGUAAAUAAAUUGAGAGAAUUAAUAAAAAGUAACUCUUUGUGUACAAAUGAUGCAUUAAGUACAAAGUCAACUCUUUCCAAUCGAUUGGAGAGUUUAGGAGAAAAAUUUGAUGCUUUAUCGAAGGAAGAUAUUACUGAUUACGAAGAAAUGGAAUCAAGAAUCGCCAAUAUAGUAGAGGAGUUUUGCUCCCUCGAACAUGUGAAAGAUGCGGGAGAAAGAAUAAACAAAGAGAUAGUUGAACAAAUUCUAUCAAUUGUACUCGAUAAAUUUAAACUAGCAUUAGAAAACUUGGAAAAAUUGGAAUGUCUGCCACUGAAGCAAAGAUUAACGGAUUGUUUGGAUUAUGUUAGCGAAAUGGGCAAAGCCAAUGAAAUUGAACAUUUUCAAAAUAUAAAGGAGUUUGGAAUGUCUAUUUUGGAGUUGCUAGGGCCACUACAAAUAUACAGAAAAAGCUUAGCAUCUCGUGUGGAUGCAGAAAAAAUCAUAUUAUAUUCCUGUCAGUUGUGUGCAGCUUUUAAAUUACUAAUCCAAGUAGUACAAGAACAGCAUCAAUUAAAUGCACCCAUCUAUAAUUGUAAGAAAUAUAUCUGUGAAAGGAUUUGUUUCUGUUUGAAGAUGGUACUAGAAAUAUUGGAUGCGCCAGACCCAUUACCCGAGGAUGAAAUAUUGGAAAGCGAAAAUCAUUUUGUUUAUAGAAUGGACUUAGUAUUGGAUAUUUUGGCAGAAAUGCCAAACAAAUCUCAAGAAGAGCAAAUAGAAGAAUGCAAAGAGUUAUGGGUACAAAUUGAAGACGUAUUCGCACAUGCAAUGGCAAUAGCGCAAGUGUGCAAACCUUGCAACUUUAAAGCAAUCACCGGAACCUGUCACUCUAUCAUAUUGGAAUACGAGAAUUUAAAGUAUCAGUUAACGUCCGAAUCAUCAGACUCUGCUUUGAAUAAUUUAUUUAUGAAUAGUUUAAACGAUGCCCUCUAUCGUUUGGAACGUAAAAUUAAUGUCUCGGUACUGAAUCUUGUUAUGGAAGUUUUCAGCGAUCCUUUUAACGCUUUAAGAAAACUCGUCACGAUUUGUGGCAAUUCGUUGAUUGCUAAAAAACGAUCCAAAAAUGAUUUGACUGAUGCGGUGGAAGAUUUCGAUCAAAUUAUAGAUAAAACUAUGCAAAUCGGUCUGUUUGCUGUUGCUUCUUGUAAAGAUAGAAAUCGGAUCCUUCAGAUUCGAAAUUGUUUAGCGAGUCUUGAAUCAUUAGAGACUGAACUGAUUUCUUCGAUUACUACAUUUUACUUACAUCCAGAAAGCAAAGAGAUGCGAGCAAACGUAAAACUACUGACUGCUCAGUGGAAAUUGGAAAUGAAUAAGUUACACGAUGCGAUCAAUCUGGUUAUAGAUUCGACAGCCUAUUGUGAGGUAGUUUUAGAUGAUCUUCAAGAACGUGUCACAAUAAUGUCGAAUUGCCUUGACAAUAGAGAGCCAGUAACUCAAGCACAGGUACAGAGCGUUGUGCUCAGAUCCGUGUCGUUGUCUCGUCAGAUUAGUACAAUUAUAAAUGAUAUUGGAAGCGAUAUAAUCGAACGGCAAACAAUAAUGAUGAUCAGGGAGUUAAAAGCUGCAAUAUUUGAAGCUGACGCUGCAUCGAAAAGUCUUUUAACGGACAAUGCCACCGAACCACAACAGUUGCGAGUAAUCAAGCGAUGCGAAUUAGUCUUAAAUGUCGUAAAAAGAUUGCAUCCUGCUCUGAUUGCCAUCAUGAAUAACACAUCGUUGAUGAAUUCAAAUUACGGAAGAAACGGCAAAGGUCAAGGAGACACUAUUCAUGACAUAAAUAGCCGAUUAACGUCUACACUUUGCGUAUCGUCUUAUGAUCGACGACAAAAACCUGUAACGUACAUACGAACACCCUACACAGUGAGCAACUACAAGUCUCCAUUAUCCAUACAAACUGCAAACAGCGUUUGUAGGACGGAGUUAAAUUUAUCGUGUCUGAUACCGUACAUCAAGAAGGGUCGUGAAAUGCGAACAGAACGUUCUGUCAUGUAUAAAACACCCCAUAGAAAUGAUUCCCUUGAUCGAUCAACAAAAACCGCCCAACUAAAGACCAGAAAUUUGUCCAAUGUUAGACAACACCUUUUUAGCAGAGACAGUAUCAGUUCUCAAGAUGAUAUUUGCUUGGCCGAAGAAAGUAUUAACUUGACAGGUAAUUUGCAUACGCAUUGUAAAUGCAUUAACACGUCAACUUUGUGAAUAGCGACCGGCCAAUCGAUGUGUUGAAAUUUUUAGAUAUUUUGGAAAAGUUUGUAACUUCUUGCGCGACUUUAAACACGACUGUAUCGAAAUCCCAUUCCGAUAAAUCGCAGGACGAUGCGUCGAACAAAAGUAAAAAGUCGAUUGCAAGAAUGACAGAGCCAUUGGUUGAAUCCAUUGAAAUUCAAUCGGAAAUAACAACUCGUCAGAUAGAUCAGUGUUCUUCGAUCGGAGGCGGAGACGGGCCAUCGAUCGUUGAAACGUCAAAAAGUUACGGCGAUGUUCCAAGGCUGAAUCAUGCUGCAGAAGUAACGCAAAAAAGAUUAUUUGGAGAUUAAGCAUAUGUAUAUGUCAUGUCGUGUUUUUAUGAUUUAGCAAGAACUUAUUGACUUAUUUUGUCGAGUUCCGAUUUCAGUGUACUCUUCGGAACAAAAAAUGUGAAAUAUAGUUAUUUGCAUUUAAAUCGUUAAAAUAAAAUGGCCUACAAUAUUUCUUAUAAAA